AUGGCUACCAGCGCCCUCCCCCUAACCCUCAAGUCAAUCAGCUCCACCAAACUCGAAGAACUCUCCAAACAACGCGCCUUAUUCAACCAACGCAAAGCCGAAAUUUUGGAUGCCGCCAACUCUGUCUCUGACAAUGACCUACGCCGCAAAGUCCAGAUCUUACUGGAAGGCGUAACCCGUCUGGCCGGUCGUCCGGAAGACGCCUUUGAUUGCGACGAUGACUUGGAUUUGGCUGGCGGUGCGAUAAAUCCAGCUUCUUCCAUAUCCUCAGAUGAUUUCUCUUCGUCGGAUUGGAAGAGGAGUCGAGAUGUUAAUAUUCGGCGUUUCUUGUUCCAGAGUCAGUAUGACCGGUCUGUUUCCGAUGAAGUUUUGCGGGGAUGGAUUAAGAGUCUGGAGAGUGACUUGGAGAUUUUGUCGGUCAAGUAUGACCAUGCCACUUUUUACAGUGAAAUGGUGACUGAGUGGCUUUCGAACUUUGAAGAAAAUGGUGCCAAAGACGAGGGUACAGAUGAUAGGGACGAGGAGGAUGACGAUACCAAGUCCGAUAAAUCUGCGUUUGAGAAAGUUGGUGGCGCCGCAAUGCACGAACAGCGCGCUACUUGGGAGCAUCUAGUCUUUUCGCCGGCAGAUGUUGACUCUCAAAGUAUCGAAACGUACCUGGAGCGGCUUUUUACUCGAACAAAGCUCUCUCAGCAGGCUCUUAGAGACCUCCGAGAGCAAAUUAAAGCCUUCGGAACACAAUUCAGAUCAGAGGCAAAGGAGUCUUUCAAUAUUGAAUUACUCAAGACUGUUAGUCGGUCACUGCUGGGCUCUGAUCUGCUUUCUCCAGAAAAGGUCAUGAUAUUGAAGGAAUUUCUGAGGAAUGAUGAGGUUGCGCAGGAAGUGGUUGACGUGUUGAAUCUGCGAUUUGUCGCUCUCGAUCGCUGGAAUUGGUCGCCGGAAGGUGUGCCUGUGGAGAUGCGUCGUCAGUUGAAUGGAAAAUACCGUGUGUUCAUGGACGACGAUCUCAUCGAUGUGCUUCUAUUCCAUUACAUUGGGCUGAAAUGGGCGGUCGAGUUUCGAAAUGUAUUCCUCCAAUUUUUCGAUUCCCGUGCAUGGAAGUCUAAUGCAAAAACUCUCCCGAAGGCAUGGGUUGAUCGACGACGAUACUUCACGGGCCAAUCAAGCCGAGGCGGCUGUGUUGAUGACUUGCGUAAGACAAUGUAUCGAGAUGACUAUUUCAUGAGUCAACUCCCGGAAUCUCUCCAGGAAGGCAAACGAGGGUACGAUGACGAUGAUGACGACGACGACCAUGCCACGACAGAGCGAAAGUCAGCUAUUGAGACGAAGCAUUCGCUGCUUCAUUUGCUCAUAACGGAAUCAAUCAUCCAUAAUCGAAUUCGCGGCCAGUUCACUGUCAUACGAUCUGACUUUAAAUGGUUCGGUCCUUCACUUCCUCAUGGUACGCUACUAGCGGUGUUGAAGUUCUUUGGCGUCCCUCAAGACUGGCUGGAGUUCUUCAAGAAGUUCUUGGAGUGUCCACUGAAGUUUGAUCAAGAUGGUCCACAAGCUGAAGUGAAGAACCGAAAGCGAGGCAUCCCUAUCAGCCAUUCUUUGUCAGACAUGUUUGGAGAAGUUAUUCUAUUCUGCAUGGACUAUGCUGUUAAUCAGCAUGCAGAUGGUGCCUUCCUUUACCGAUUGCACGAUGAUUUCUGGUUCUGGGGAGAAGAAAAGACAUGUCAAAAAGCGUGGAGGGCAAUGACUGAUUUCACUGCGGUGACUGGAUUGGAGUUUAACGAAGAGAAGACUGGUACUGCUCGAAUUGGAAGAAUAAUCAAUUCACAUGGUCAGCAACAGCGGCAACGACACGAGGAAGAUUCAUCUUCUAGUGAUGAGGAGUCGCAAGAGGAGGAAGAGGAAGAUUCCGAGUCUGAUGCUGAAACUUUUAUGGAUGAUUCUUUUGAUCCACUGCCGCAAGGCGAUAUCCGUUGGGGAUUUUUGAGGCUAGAUCCGGAGCAAGGUCGCUUCCUUAUCGACCAAGAGCAGGUUGAUACUCAUAUAAAGGAACUGCAACACCAACUUUCUGCAUGCAAGAGUAUCUUUGCAUGGGUUCAGGCCUGGAACAGCUAUUUCUCGCGUUUCUUUGCCAACAAUUUUGCCAAGCCCUCAUUUGCAUUUGGUCGAGAGCAUAUCGACAUGGCAGUCAACGCCUUGAGCCGGAUUGAACGAGAAGUUUUUGCACCCGCCGCGUCCACGGCUUCAGGGAAUAAAGGCGUGGUAGACCAUUUGCGUCGCGUGAUUGCAGAGCGCUUCGAUAUUCACGACUUGCCCGAUGGAUUCUUCUAUUUCCCCAUUGAAUUCGGCGGUCUGGAGCUCCACAACCCAUUUGUCAGCCUUCUUGCAAUGAGAGAGCGUAUUACGCACACACCACAGAGAAUCAUCGAGGAAGUGUAUCUACGAGAAGAAAUCGAAUAUGAAGCCGCAAAGAAGAGAUGGCAAGAGGGUGAUCAUGGCACUACUUGGCAUAGCAGCGUUGCAAGGAAGAGAGAGGAAGAAGACGCUCCUGAGAAGUUUUGGUCGUUCGAAGAGCACACGGCUAACCUCGAAACCACGAGCAACACAUUGAGACUCGCCUACGAAAACCUGUUACGCGUCCCCGACGAGAUCCACGUCGGCCAAAGCGUAGACUUUAGCAGUGGCCACCUGCUACCAGCCGAGCAAAACAAGCUUGUUCGUAGAUCAAAAGCACACAAACAGAAAGAUCGUAUCAGCUCAAAUUGGAUGCAGAUGUCACCGUACUGGAAAUGGGUUGCUGAAGUCUAUUCUGCGGGUAUGGUGCAAAAGUAUGGUGGGUUGUCUGCUGUAGAUAGGGCUUUGAUGCCAUUGGGUGUUGUGAAGGUGUUGAGACAGGGCAAGGUUCGGUGGCAGGGCUAA